UCACAUGCACUCGCAGCGCGCUCCCACUCACUCGAUAGGGUGCAAUACAUAAUUCAGUCCCAGCAAAGAGGACACCUCAGUCUCCAUCCUGUCCAGCCGAGCUGCAGAUCAGACGGAGACGGCUCCUCCAGCUGCUGAUGGGAGGAUAGAGAGCCCUGGAGGAGGACGAUCUCUGCGUUUGCUGCAGGCAAUGCAGGACUUCCAGCUGGGGAGGGAGGACGGGGCAGAGCGAGGCUGAGACACUGCUCCACAGCAGACGUAAACAUUGCCAUGCCCUGCUUCCUGCAGCAGCUCCUGCGCUCUGCUGCCUGCUGCUCUGCUCCGGGACCCGCUCUGCUGUAGAGGACAGCAGAGGAGAACACGGAGGAGACCAGAGCUGCUUUCGAAGGUGACCGUUUAGUGGUGAAGUUGUGUUCGGGAUAGGAGGCUGCUGCUGCGGGCCACGCUCCGCUCCGUGCUGCUGCUGUCCUGACUGCGCUGUGUCCGUGCUUUGUGUCCGUGUUUUGCGGCCAUGCUGCAGGCAGCAUCCUCAGACCUGUUCCCCACUUGAGCUUCACUCUCCGGGAAUAACAAGUUCGAACCAGCAGAGAAGCAACAGAGCUCCCUCUGUUUUGUGUUUUGUCCUCUGGGAACAUUCACUCUUCUGUGUAACUGUGUGAUGAUCAUUCUUCAUGAGCAGCCUGGACUCUCGCUGGUCUUCACUAGGAUGUGAUCAGCUGUUGACAGUUUAAUGAGCAAACUAUCAGGAGCAUCAUUCAGACCUGCCUCUGCAUGACUGCUUGGUGGGAACAGCCUCCUUGUUAUCACAGUUCACUUUAAGGCUUCACCAUGGGUGCCAAGCAGACCAAAGGCCAGGAGCCUGGAGGGGCCAGUCCUCAGCACAGCUGGAAGAGGACCCCCACCAAGGAGCGAGGGGACAUCCUGGCCUCCCUCAUGCUGAAGUCAGGGGACAGGCUGAGCCGUGGCGGGACGCCCCCGCCCUACCAGCGCAGAAUCGGUAUGAUCCAGGAGAUGAUGCUGAUGGCCAAGCAGGGCAAACAGGACGAGGCCACAGAGAUGCUGAAGACGCUCCGACAGGUAGCUGCUCAGUGUGACCUGGGCAUGGAGUCCACAUCUCUGGAUGACGUGUUGUACCGCUACGCCAGCUUCAGGAACCUCGUUGAUCCCAUCACACACGACCUGAUUAUCAGCCUGGCACGAUACGUCCACUGCCCCAAGACGGAGGGAGACUCUCUCGGGGCGAUGGAAAAGGUUUGUCGUCAGCUGACCUACCAUCUCAGCCCCCACUCUCAGUGGAGGAGACAGGGCCUGCUCAAGAGGAAACCUCAGGCCUGUCUGAAGGCAGUGCUGUCGGCCCCUCCGUCCAGCGGGGCCUUGGAUCUUUCCGGCAUCCCUCUGACGGCUCGGGACAUGGAGCGUCUGUGUGCACACCUGCAGCGCCACGCGUCCACUGUGGUCAGCUUGGAGCUGGGCUUCACCGAGCUGACGGAUGAGGCCUUCCUCCUGCUCCUGCCCACGCUGGCUGCACUCCCACAUCUGGAGACUCUGGCACUGAACGGAAACAGGCUGACCAGAGCUGUCCUUAAGGAGCUCACUGAUGCCCUGAAGGAUCCUGGCAGCUUUCCCAGCGUGACGUGGAUCGACCUGGGCAACAAUGUGGACAUCUUCUCCUUGCCGCAGCCUUUCCUGGUCAGCCUGAGGAAACGCUGCCCCAAGCAGGGCAAUCUGCCCACCAUACUGGAGUUUGGAGAGAGCCAGGCCAGCGACCCUCCAGAACGGCUGAGGGGCCUCGAAGAAGAGGAGGAGACGGAUGACACCAACCGGACUGAGAGCAUGGGAGAGCUCCGGUCAGAGGUGGAGGAGGAGCUGGACGGUGAGAUGGAGAUAGAGGAGAUGAUGGAAGAGCUGCUGGACUUUGACAGGGAGGUGCAGGGGAGGGAGGACGAGGAGGAGAGCAUGUGGACGGUGGGGGAGCAGAGGAAGGGAGGGGGGAGGAGGAGGGGGAGGCGAGUGGAGGAGGAGGAAGAGGAGGAGGAGGAGGAGAAGGAGGUGGUGAGGAGGGUGCAGCGGCUGGGGAGGAGGGCGGUGAUGGCGGAGGACGAUGACGACACGCAGAGCCGCUCCUCCCACCUGUCCUGCUCCAGCCAAUCGCAGCACUCCUCUGGAGCCGUGGAGCCAAUGAGAGUGGAGGAGGACGACUUGACCGACCAGUCAGACCACUUGACCUGAUUGCUGCUCCCCGCUCUGCUUAAAUUUCCUUUCCUUUGUCCUGUGUAGAAGAGGGCAAGAAAAGACUGAGUGUGCCUCCAGAGGCUGCAGUGCUGCAUGUAAUCCAUAAGAAGGGGCCACUCGAUACUCUGAUUUGUGACCAGCCACGGCCUUCAGACACUGACAGAGUGACCGCUGAACCCGGCUGACUGUCACCUGAGAAGCCAAUCCCCUACAGGACGUGUGUUUGAUCAUAACUGUCUAUUGUUUCAAGUACAAAUAGACUGAGGAUGCGUAGAAUAGACUGACUAAUUAUAUCACGUGAGGCUUUUAUGUACAGAAUGUUCAUCUUUAUUCAGGUCCUUUCUCCUUGUAAUCCUGGUAAAACCUACAUGUGCCUGUAACACGUCCCGUUACUGGUUAAUAGUGUGUGCUGCUGAGAGACGAAAUGAUGCACCCAAACUAGUCAGAGCCCUUCAACCUGCUGAAAAAUGUUUUUUUAGAGGUGGAACUGUAUAAAAUGUCUCCAUCCCACAUUAGCUUGCCGGAUGGAUCAGAUGAAUCAAGUCAAGCCGUUUGUGGAAGUCGUUUGAGCAAUGACCAGAUGCGCCGUGUUGGACGAGGUGGAGGUGGAGGAGACAUGACACAGCAAAGGCCUGGUGAUUGUCAGAAGAGCAGGGGGGCGUUUAUGUGCGGUGGCUAUGUGUGAUAAUCUCAUCGUCAUGUGUCCCAAAGCAAAGUGCUGAAAUAUUUAGUAGCCUUCUUUCUUAUAAUCCAGGUCAUGUUUCACUCCACGGUACUGUGCAUCACGUGCUUACAGUGCUGUGUUUAUAUAUAGGCCGCUGCUAUGAUCGCAUCCACACAUGCUGUCCGCCGGGUUACAGCAAAUUAUAUCCUUAUGCAGUAUGUAGCUCUCACCCGGCUUCUGCCUCUCCUCAAUGUGUCACUUAGCGUCCGUGCAAAGCUUUAACAGAUAAACUGUAUUUUUGGAUGUACAGUAUAUAUAAACUAUAUAUUGUUUUAUUUGUCCAGGAGCAAUUGUUUAGAUUAGCUACUUAAAGAGGAAUACCACUGAAUUCAAGCACUCAUAUUUAUGUUUUUGUGGUGUGGAAUUGCAGUUUUAAUAACUGCUAAAAGCCGUGUACAAGCUGAGCCCGGUUAUUAAUUUGUUGUAUCAUAGAAAUGCCUGAAGUAGAGAGGCCUCAUUGUCAUGGAAAGGAAGACUUUGUUAGGCUGCAGAAUAUCAAGAAGAAAGCUUCACUCUAAAGCAGCCAGAAAUUGAUAAAUCCUAAUAUUUUUAUUUCCAGACGGUUGCCCUGGGCGACGAUACAUUCACCUGUUAAUGUGUGUGGAAUAAAAAGUGAAAGCUUUGUUUUGCAGUAGCAUCACAAGUUUAAGAGAAGCCAGCUGGUUCCGUGAUGGAGGUACCUUGAGUCACUGACUGUGAGCAAUUUUAUGUCAACAAAAUAACAGGAGCUGUGCACAGCGACGAUGCCAAAUAAAUGGAAUUCACUACACCUGCUUGACUCUGGUUUUGGAUUAGGAAAAGCAGAGAUGUUGUGUUGUUUUGUGUUUUACGUACAGUUGUUGUGCGUAUUUUAUAAGGCCUUUAAGAAGUUGGAGAAAAUAGCUUUGAUAAUAGGCGACUUUCAACUGCAGGAGCUCAAGGAGGAGGCAUGCGGUGGUGCAAACAUACUAACAGGAACAGUCCAGUAAUUGGUCCUGCUUCUGUGUUUCCAUUGCAGUCUAUGACCCAACAGCUUUGACUGAGAGACUUAUUCUGAGUGCAUCAAAACAACAACAAAUACUAGUCACCGGACAUGACUCUUGCUCUAUGAGCUCGUAGGGAAUAGAGGAAUGGAGCUUAUGUUUGCCUAUGUGAGUAAUUUUACGUCGCUAAGAGCAGACUGCUGCAUGAUGAGGACGUUGAGAGGUGCUUGUUAGGAGUGAAAAUGGAAGUUUUUGGGGUUGCUCAGAAGUACCUACCCUGGAGUAGGUACUUUUUUCUCCUUCAAAACUGUCCCUAUAAGAGGUAGUUCUUUAUUCUCUGCAACCCUAAAACAGCCUUCAAGUUCCUUUUGUCGUCGGAUUGAGCUUGAGGUUCAGAGCAGCAGAAAGUCUGUGCUACAAACUGUGCAAUGCAGUGUGAGGGUGUUAAUACAGUGUUGAGUUGCAAUAUGGCAAUCAUAAGAUCUCCAGAGCUUGAUCUUGAUCCAUACUAGAGACUGCAGGUUAGUGUUAGGGUGAGCUGAGGGCAGCUACAAAUUCAGCUGAAAAUAGAUUCAGGACCGCUCACACUCUCUUGUUCUUUUCACAUUUCCAAUUCAAAACGUUGGUAUUAUAAUUUUAAAAAAAAUCCCUUACAGCCACUUUGCCAUUUGCCAACGAAAGAGUAGGAUUCUUGUAUUUCACUAAAGUCACUUACCUUUACCUUGAGCAGUUUAUUGAGUACAGGCCUGAAUGAGUGUACAGGAUUGUGAAGAUCUGCGAGUUCUGUACAAGUAUUGUGCCAUUUAAAGAGCAACGUGCAGACUGAAAGGAAAAAGAAGCAGAAAAUAAUAUGUCUAUAUAUACACACAACCGUGAAUAGUUUGUGUAGCACAGUUUUACUCCUGCCUCAAAAAACACAAUGUGUUGUCAUAAAAUGUCCAGUUUAACACUGAGAAAUGUGGAUCUAAUAGUAGUUUUGACACUAAAGAAUUGAGAUGUAAAUAUAUAGGCUUAAGACAGACCACGGGUUUAUAAUUAUGAGCCUGCUGGGCCAGAAACAGGCGAGGACAAAGACAAAUAAUGACCUCCAGGGAGAAAUUCAUUAGUGGUGUGAGCAGAUCCAGCGGAUGUCUUGGUGAGGAACCAUGUUUGACAAUGUUCUGUGACAACGCAGUAAAGUUUAAGACAACUGUAGCUGGUUGUUAGUGCAGAUACUCACUCAUCACAUAAACUGAUGCACAGCUGGUGUCGGCCAUGUUUCGCUUAUCUAACAUGAACCAACGCUGUGUUUAAUGGUGCCACGUUAGAAGGAGGGAGUGAGCUUCGACACAGCUGUCUAGUUUGGAAGUUUUCAAACAUGAAAUAGGCUUUCAGUGCAUUUCCAGUGUUACCGUUGAGCUGAAUCUCCAGAACCAGGUGCUGCUGCUGCUGAGGAUGGACCUGAAGCUGCUGUGGGCACCGAAGAACUGCAACUGUUAUCAGUCUCACACGGUCCUGACUUAGAUAUCUCAUCCAGAACUUCAUCCGAACCAUGAUGAAGAAACGUGAAACAUAAAAAGAUGUUUGUGUUUUUAAAAAUCAGCCAUUUGAAAAGUACUCCCUUAAUCCAGCAUUGUCUUGCCGUUGUACACUGUCUGACUCACAAUGAUGUGAUAAGAAGCAUAAAUAUCAUUCACACAUGCUUUUUCCUUAAUGAGACCCAGUGCCUGCAUUACCCAUGAUGCAACAUGACCCCCAACAGAUUCCGGUGUGUUGUGCUCGUCGUUGCUUAUGUAUCUGCUAGCUGCUACAGUCAGUUAGAGAUGAGAAACAGGUCAGACCUUUUUUGUUGUCUUCAGGCCCAGCUGAUGCUGACUGAUGUGUGAUGACAAGUCAGACUUCAUGCAGCUUCCUCUGGAGCCCAAACACACAGACCCUUUCAUAACAAGAGGAAGCUUUUAAAGUGGGACAAGCAACCAGUUUAAAGUGCUCCAAAACAUUUCAAAUAAGUAUCCAGAGUCUUUAGAAAAUCCAGUAAUGUAAUAUAGGCAAAAUUAAUGAAAUUUAUUGGUGUUCGGUGAAACUCUGCAAGUCCACUUAGAGUCUGUUUAAAGCUACCCUCUAUGCUAACUGUUCCUCAGUAUGGGACUCAUGAUCGCCUCACACCUCAUCCAUACGUACCAGCCUGCAGAAAUUGAGUGAUAUUGCACUUGAAGCUAAUUACAAAGACAAACAUCCCUUUAAAAUACCUUUACAAUAAGCUAGUAUUCAGCUGUCCCUGCAGAAUCACUUUAACAAACAGCUCAUUACACUGAACCCUUUAAAAGAAGGCAGACAGCUUGUGACGCUGAAGGUUGUCUUUGAGAGCCACAGUGGGGGUUUUUUAGCAGCUGAAUGUCUGUGGAAGGACGUCUAGUAUUGAUUGAUGUACAGUGAGUUCAGAUCGGUGUGUGUACGUUUGUAUACCAUGCAAAGAAGACUGGCUCCAUGUGCAGUCUGAUUUGGACCUGAUUCCUGGGUGUUAAACUCUUGUGGAAGCUUACAGACUCUAUUCUCAGGUGUACUGUGGCUGACUGCAGAAAAUGGAGAUGAGAGGCAUGUGUUUGUAGCGGGCUGAUGCCACCCUGGUCCACUUUUAUGUUAAGGUCACAACAAAUCAAAGGGAGGAGAUCACAGCUGGAAUUAGACUGACGCAUAUUUUUAAACCUUUGAUCCAGAAAAUUCUUAAAAACAACAAUAAUUAAGAACAUUUAAAAGUGGUUUCAUCCCCUGUGUUGGCUCGCUGUUAUCAGAAGCUCACAUAUUGAUCAGAUUACUUCAUUCACUGCAGUUCUGUGUUGUUAGUCUAGUUCUAAUUGCAGCCACAUGUCUGUUGUUCUGUGAUUUUCUCUUCUGUACAAAUCUCUCUGCUCGUCACCACAGGCAGGAUGACUGGUCCUUCCAUAUGUUGCAGUAAAACGUGAGAUCAUUGUGGCGUUCACCUUGGACUUAUGAAGCCAGUUGGGCUAUGACUGCUUCAAAUGACCGCACGAUGCGAGGAUGUCUUGCUCGAGGACUCUGCUCACUGUUUGCGGGAUGUAAAAAGAAACAUAGUAAUGUGAACCUGGAGGCAUUAGUGUCUGUAGCCUUGGAUUUUCUCCCUCCAUGAUUUUUUUUCUUCUGUAUGUAGUUCUUUAACAUUCUCCAUUCUAUCUCCCCUUUUCCCAGAGUUAUUUUAUUUUCAUGCCACUUCAUCCAAGUGAUCUGCUGAAAGAAAAAAUACUCUGUGCAUUCAUUUUAAUUCAAGAUAAAAUUGUAAGAUCUUAUUUUUUGCUGUUUUGCCAUGGAGCUUACCAAUAAAUUCUAUGAUCAGAAAACAAA